AUGUCGCGCUCCUUCUAUGUCGACUCGCUCAUCAUCAAGGACUCGUCGCGGCCCGCGCCCUCGCUGCCCGAGCCGCACCCCGGGCCAGAUUUCUUCAUCCCGCUGGGCAUGCCGUCCCCGCUGGUGAUGUCGGUGUCUGGGCCCGGCUGCCCGUCCCGCAAGAGCGGCGCGUUCUGCGUUUGCCCGCUCUGCGUCACUUCGCACCUGCACUCCUCGCGCGGGCCCGCGGGCUCGGGCGGCGGCGGGGCCGCGGGGGCCGGGAGCGCGGGAGCCGGGGGUGGCGGGGCGCCGGGGGGCGCCGGGGCCCUGCCUCUGCUCAAGGGUCAGUUCUCUUCGGGUCCCGGGGACGCGCAGUUCUGCCCGCGCGUGAGCCACGCGCACCAUCACCACCACCCGCCGCAGCACCACCAUCACCACCACCAGCCCCAGCAGCCGGGCUCUGCCGCCGCCGCUGCGGCCGCGGCGGCGGCGGCCGCGGCGGCCGCGGCGGCCUUGGGGCAUCCUCAGCACCACGCACCUGUCUGUGCCGCCACCACCUACAACGUGGGGGACCCGCGGAGAUUCCACUGCCUCACCAUGGGGGGCUCGGACGCCAGCCAGGUGCCCAACGGCAAGAGGAUGAGGACGGCGUUCACCAGCACGCAGCUCCUGGAGCUGGAGCGGGAAUUCUCUUCCAACAUGUACCUGUCUCGACUCCGGAGGAUCGAAAUCGCGACCUACCUGAACCUGUCGGAGAAGCAGGUGAAAAUCUGGUUUCAGAACCGCCGGGUGAAGCAUAAGAAAGAAGGGAAGGGCACCCAGAGGAACAGUCACGCGGGCUGCAAGUGUGUCGGCAGCCAGGCGCACUACGCGCGCUCCGAGGAUGAGGACUCCUUGUCGCCGGCCUCGGCCAACGAUGACAAGGAGAUUUCCCCCCUAUGAGGGGGCCACCU